GCGCGUGCCGCCGCCGCCGCCGCCGCCGCGGACCCCGGCCCCGCCUGGGCCUGGGCCUCGGACCCCGCACCCCGGCUGCGGCCCCGACACGCAGUCGGACCCCGACGCCAGACCCCGGCCGGGACGCGCACGGCGACCCCGGACCCGGACCCAGGUCCGGACCCAGGCUCGGACCCCGGGAGCCUCCCCGCGGAUGCAGACCUCGCCGCCGAGCCACACGCGGCUCAAGACUCGGACGCCCGAUCUUGCUUGGACCCGAUCCCUGUCUGCUGCAGGUCCGACCCCGGACCCAGACUCCAGGACGCCCGCCCACGUGGGCCCGGCCGCAGGCUAUGCUCGCCGACGCUGGAGACCCCAGGACCCAGACCUGACGCCCCCCGGCCGGGUCCUGGCCCUGCGUCGGCCCUGCUCCGGUUUCGGGGGCUGCCUGGAGGAGGCGCGCGAGGCCUCCCAGGUUCCAGAGCUGGUGCGGGACCCGUCGGAUCCCCUGCCCCGCCCGACCCGCCCGACCCGACCGAGCCGCCCGGGUUGCGGAUGCGCUGCUCAGCCGAUGGACCCCAGGCGGCCACCACGGCCGCGUGGGCUCCUGUCACCCGGAGGGAGGGGGCCGGUGGGCACUGCUGCCGCGUCCCAGGGCGGGAGCCCGCUGGCGGCGCCUCUCUGCAGGGCCCCUGGGGACCGCAGCCGGAGAGGAGAGGUGGGCUCUGCCUUGUUUUUCUCCCUCUGCUCCGCAUUUCUGUGGGACUCCUGCAGAUGAGAAAGAAGAGGUGCCCCAGGAAAGCAGAUGCAGAGUCCCCCCUGUGGUCGACAGGACCCUUCAGACCCUCUGCCUAGGCUCUGGCCAGCACCCCGGCCCCAGCCCUUCCUUUCCCUCCAAGUCACCACCCUUCAGGUGUCUGGGGGCCCUGCUCCUGGUCAGACCCAUCAGGCGGGCGAGGAAGGCAGUUGACACUGAAUUCGGCCUUGACCAUUCAUUGUCUUCUGUGUUCCUUGUUUUCCCUCAAGUGCUGGGCAAGGUUAUAAUUUUUAUUCCAAGCAGCUUUUGAGACGUAGUUCCUUGUAACUUUUUUUGUUGUUGUUGUGAAGGUUUUUGACUGUUUUCUCAAAAGCACUUUCUCUUGUAAUUAGGGGCCAAAAAAGCAAGCAAGAGAAAGGAGUUUUGGAAGGCUUGGCCUUUGAAAACGAACAGGGUGGCUUCAAGUUCUUGGCCAAGCCAGACAAGGCCCCCUGGCCUGCGCCCCGUUUAUUUCAGAGUUCUGUUCACCUGGCUUCGCGGGGGAGAAGGUUUAAAAUGAAUGUUGAGUUUGUGUCUGAGCUUGUCAUUUUGGGGCGGAAUAUUCUGGCAUGGACUUUGGCUUCUCCGGACGACUUGGUGACUCGGCGUUUGGGGCCAUGGCUUACUGUGGGGAGGGUUAGCUGGAGUGGGGUCUGCAGGUGCUUCAGGAAAUUUCUCGGUGUGGGGCGGAUCCCUGCUGGGAAGGGAAACCCCGUGGAGACGGGCCCUGCUGGCAUCACCUUGGAUGCAACCAACUCCCAGAUAACCCGAUUCCCUCUUUCUUCAUCCCUUCCCCGUGGUCCUGUCCGCCCCCACUGCUGUGGCAUCGCCUGCCCUGUCUCCUUUCAGAGGAAAAGGAACUAUCUGGAAUGCACGUGCUCCUGCAGAAUGCUGAUGUCCAGGCCACCCCUCCAGGAGGGAACUGCCACAGCGGGCCUCUCUGUGGGGAGCCGGUCAUUGGUGAUCCUUGCUGACUCGAGGGCUUCCUUGUCUCCAGCUUGGCCUUUUAUAUUGAGACCCUGGGCAGGGCCUGCCGGAUUUGCAAAGGGCCGAGAGUGGGGCAGGCUCAGGUGGGGCUUGGGGCUACCCCUGGCUGCCUGGCUGGGAAGCCCCUGGUUGCUGGGUGUUGGCACCCCAGCAGAACGGGCAGGGGACAGAGGUCCUGAAGACCGCUCGGCUCAGGCGAGGUGACGUUGUUACAAGGACUCUGGCAGGCCCAGCGUGGGGACCACAAGUCUGCGAUUGGACACCGGCGGGCAAUUGGUGCAGCCCAGCUUUGAGGGGGUGAUCAGGAUGCACCUGGCGGGGAAGGGCGGACGCCCCAGAUGACCAGAGCCGGCGGCGGCGGGGGCGGGACUCGCCAGAGCUGGGCGGCUCAAGGCAGUUCUGGGACCCAGAUUUCAAUGGAGCUCUGUUUUUUCUGGGAACUGUUCUUACCUAUAAAAUAAGCCUAUGUGUGCAUGAGUGCAGAGGGGUGGGUAGUGAUGUUUUCUGUUGGAAAAAAAAAAAAAAGGCAAAAAUACCAAAUUGGCGUGUGUGCCUGCAGCGGCUGGCCGUCCCAGGACGCUGCAGGAUGCUGCCAAGCCCCUGUUCCAGCCUCAGUUUCCCUGGUCUUUAAGGAGGUGUGACCAUUCUUGUUCUGUGUUCCCCUCGGGGUGUAAGGAUCCCCCGAGCUGGGGUCAGAACACGCCACGUAAACUAGAACACGCUUGCUGUGCACACAGGAGAUGCCACCCUUCGUACCUUAGGGAAAACCUGAGCUGUGGCUUUAUGAUGAAAGUGUGCCUGGCACGGACUAAAUGCUUGGGGUGCUUUUGGUGACCCGAACUGUGUCGAAACCCUCAGCCGAGGUAUGAGAAGGGUGUGGGCUGAGCAUGGCGAGAAUUUGGAUGAGAGCGCCUUUGAGGUCCCUCCCCCCGCCCCCCGCCCGAUGACGCCUUCGAUCAAUAACAAGGGGGCUUAUUGGAUGGUGUGGAGACUUGGCAGGUACCCCGGGAGCCCUAAAUGUAUAUCCCAGGGCCCGAGGCUCUCUCUGCACCCUCGUCCCGCCUGGUCUGGGUAGGGGUCUGCGGGAGCCGCACCCCAGACCUCCUCUCCUGAGGUUUCUGGCCCAGGCUGGUUGCGGAGCUGCCAGGGCUGAGCACCCCUUGGCCCCCGGGCCCCGGCCUCACGCUCCCAAGCUGGCCUUGCCGCUUUUGUCCUAACAAUGCUGAGCGAGGUCAGCUCGGUUUGCACAAAACACAAUUUUUUUUUUUUUGAUGGCAGGGAAAGUUUUUCUGCAUCUGAGGUUGGUCCUUUGUAUCUACAGCAGGUUGUGGUGGCACUGGCUUUUGGUAUUUGCACAUGUGUAAUGAAAAAGGGAGUGACACCCCCCCCCCAAAAAAAAAAUACAGGUAGGGCCUGCCCUUCGUCUGGGCUUGAGGCUCCCUGCCAGUGCCUCAAGUCGGCCCCAAGCCAUAAGAGCAGCAAAGGUUGUCUUUCUGUACACACACACACACACACACACACACGCACACACUUGGAUACACACAUGCACGCGGGAGUGUGUGCACACAGCACAGGCACACAUCCCAGGAUAUUACCUUCGUGUGGCUAGCAUUUAAUGUUCUAAUAUUAAAGUUUGAAGCACCAACGGGCUGUGUCUUAAAAGGCUCAUUCAGCCUGUCUGCCUUGGAGCUAUUUUAUUUAUAAGUCUUCAUGUCAAGUCAAAGAACUCUGUGUUUCUCGUAGACUGCGUUCGGAUGGGUGAGUGUUUUGGUUUUUGGCUACAGCUGGUUAAUUUUUCCGAAUCUGUAGCUCCAGGUGUGCGUUGAGAAGGUUUUUCCCAGCACAAGCAGUUUCCCAGUGAGCCUUGGGGUCCUGCUAGAAAUUUCCGGCGUCCUGUGUGUGAGAGAUUGCCAGUUUCAGAGACGGCGUGAGUGCAGGAAGGAGGCAGCAGGCAGUGCCUGCGUCCACGGCCACCUCUCCAACCCGAAGAUGGGAAGGGCUUUGAAAGCAGGACCUUGCCGCCUCCGUCGAGGGCAGAGCCGAUGACGUGGUGCGUGGCGAAGACACUAGCAAAGGCACAAGCCCCUGGUGACAGUUAAAAAUCCCUGCCUGUGAGCGUCGUUGAAAGCUAAGCACCAGGCGUGAAAAUGCCCAUCCACAGCACUCGUUAUUCUCAAACACGUGGAAAAAAUACACGCUUAUCACGUAAAAGUGCUAUGGCCUCAGGGUCUCAAGGUUAAGGUUGCACACUCCUUGUCUGAUCGCUUGUGUGACCCCUUUCUUUUGAUUAAAAAAAAAAAAAAAACAAGGAUGAACUUCAUGUUCCUUUAAAAUUAGGAAUCACACCAAAAGUUGUUCUAUAAAUAGCAAGAAGGGAACCAGAACAAAAGCGAUGGCUUUCUUCUUUGGUAUUUUUUCUUUGCCGCUAUUAAAUGUUAUCUUGUCUUGCAGUGAUAUGUGUAGGCAUGACAUUUCUUCACUCGGUAGAAGGGGCGCAUAUGAAAAAUCCAGCCUCGUACCCUGUUAUUCUGUUAACCGGAUCCGAAAGCUAUGCUAUUUAGACAUAGUCAGGAAAAUGAAACUGUCCUUAUAUAUAAACAGAGUACCGACUUGUGUGAAAUCAUGUUGGAGUUUUAAAAAAUAAAAUGGAAGUGUUUCAGUAAAAAAAGACCAGUGUGGUCAAAUUUCAAUUUGUAACUGGCACCCUCACCCUGCCCUGCACAUCCCUCACGCUGCAGGCUCUAGCUUAGGUUUUGUUGCAAUCAGUUUGAAGAAGUAAUCUGUGAAAUCUUGAUUUUAAAAAAAAGUUCCUGCUCUCCCUUGCAGUUUAGCCCAAUGAACCGCUGGAGUUCUAAAUCAGGGUUUAUUUCCUUUCUUUUUUUGCUGUGUCGUAGAGGGCUUAUAAUUUAACCUAGUUCACCGAAGCACUAUAUGGCUAAGAAAUGGUACUAAAAUUCCCAUUUCAUCUGUGGGGAAUUAAAAAAAAAAGGUCAACUGACUUUUAUUAGCAUUUCAGCAUUGUUUUCAAAUUUUUAAAAUAAACAUUGACCGCUUUUAAAGUUUAGAAUUGCUUUAAAUUCCUAAUAGCUAAAUUCUGCAUUGAUAUAAUUCACAAAGAAUAAUGACUAUUUUAGGCCCUUGUAGAGGACUGAUAAUAUACAAAAAAAUUGCCACUUUUCAACUGUGAAACAAUGGCAUUCUUUGAACAUUGAAGGAGUAAAAUUCUUUUCAAAUGUUCUGUCUUUUAAUUUUCGUGGAAAUUGAUACCUCCUUCUCCUAGAAAUGGUUUAGGUCCAAAUUCUAAUAUAUCUGUAAUUACUAAUAAAAAUUUGCUAUGAGUGACGCAAUAAAUUCUUUUACAAAAUGUUAAUUUCCAGGAGUUCCCUUGUAGCUUAGCUAGUUAAGUAUCUGUGUUGCUCUAGCAGCCUGGGUCGCUGCGGUGGUGAGGGUUUGAUCCCUGGCUGGGGAACUUCCCAAGGCUGCGGGUGUGGCCAAAAAAAAAAA